AUGGCACUAAUUGUGGAUCAACAAUCAGGGUUCAAACAUUAUUGCAAGAUUUGCAAGAAGGGGUUUGGAUGCGGGAGAGCCCUUGGGGGCCACAUGAGAGCUCAUGGGAUUGGAGACGAUAUUGCAGAUCACAUGGAAGAGGAAGAUCCCACAAGUGAUUGGGAAGACAAAUUACCAAAUGAAGAUAAUAAUGUGGCCCCCACGAAUAAGAGAAUGUAUGCAUUAAGAACAAACCCUAAUCGCCUAAAGAGCACUCGCGCUUGUGAGAAUUGUGGAAAAGAGUUCUUCUCUUGGAAAUCAUUCCUUGAGCAUGAAAAUGGAAAAUGCACCUCCGAAGAUGUCGAUUCCUUGAUCUCUUCCCCUCCUUCGGAUGAAGGUGAAGAAUAUGGCCCUACAAUGAGGGGAAGCAGUGGUGGUGCUAAGGUUGGCAUUGGUAAUAACAACAACAAUAACAACUCCAUUUGCGCAUCAAGUGAGGAGGAGGAUCUAGCCAAUUGUCUCAUGAUGUUAUCCAAUGCCACAAACACAGUGGAUCAUCCUCCUUUGAUGGUCGAACCAGAGGAGUCAUGUGCAUCGGCGAGUAAAGAUGAGGAUCGAAGAAAUUCCAACAACUUAAUCGCUCCACCUGCGAUGGCGCCAACCAUUGACAAGGCCAAGGCAAGUAAAGGGUUGUUUGAAUGUAAGGCUUGCAAGAAAGUUUUCAAUUCACACCAAGCACUUGGAGGGCAUAGGGCUAGUCAUAAGAAAGUUAAAGGUUGUUUCGCUGCCAGGCUGGAUAACCACCAUAGUGAUAGCAUGGCUGAUGAUGAUGCCAUCACCAUGCAACAGGAUGACACGUCAAUGAAAGUGGCAUCGUCGAGCUUUCAGUUCGACCAUGGCUCUCAACCUAUUGCUUCACCCUCAAAGAGGAAAUCUAAAGUUCAUGAGUGUUCCAUUUGCCACCGGGUGUUCUCUUCCGGCCAAGCAUUGGGCGGUCACAAGCGUUGUCAUUGGAUUACAUCCAAUUUGCCGACAGCCGAUGCCUCAUCGUUGGCCACAAAAUUUCACCAAUUUCAAGAUCACCUAGAGCAAAUUCAACACAGAUCUCCCAAGUUUAUUAGGACGAUAAGUAAUUCUGAACCCUUGGAUCUCACGCUUGAUCUUAAUCUUCCAGGCCAUCCUCGUAAUCAUCCUUCUCCUAACAACUUUGCAAUGGCUGCUGAGGUUUACUUACAGUCGUGGAUGGGAAAAGAGAAAAAGGUAGACCAAAAUGACGAGGAGAGUAUUAAGAAGAGUCAUGACAAGAAUAACGAAAAUGGCAAUGUUUCUUCGUCGACGCAGACGGUUGAUGACGAAGCAGACAGUAAACUGAAAUUAGCAAAGCUUAGUGAACUUAAGGACGUACAUAUCAACGGGAAUUCAUCACCAUGGUUACAGGUGGGAAUCGGUUCCACCGCCAAUGUGGGCGCAGACCAUUGA